AUGUCCUCAACGCCGGAGAUGAAGGUCGACGUUUCCAUGGAGUUCGACGAUGCCAUGAGCCUUGACGUCGAGAUGGACGUCGAUGAGGAGCUCGAGACUACUGCCAGACCUUCGAACUUCCCCGAGUUCAACUCCUUGCCCCCGAUACUCCGUCACAUGAUCUGGAAGAAUGCGAUGGAUGAAGAACGCGUAGCCCGCCACGUCGUCCUGACCGACAGCAUUCGUGUCACCCGACCUGUUCCGGCACUGGCCCACGUCUGCGCUGAGUCGAGAAGCCUUGUAUUUCAGGAAGGUGGCGUAUUCGAGCUCGGAGAUGGUGGCAUGACCUUUUUUCGCCCCGCUAUCGACUUUGUCUACUUGGACUCGGCCGAGUUUAACUUGGGAGAACUGACCUCCGAGGUUCAGAACCUCAUCGUACCCUACAGCAGUUUCCAUCAAAUCUCCGAGACGUUUGAGAACUUCUUUGUUGCUGAUGAGCCGAAACAACUGAAGACCAUCUUCAUCGCCAUGGAGGUGGCUGCAGUGAACGAUAAUUGGAGCGAGAUGGCCAUCUCUCAACUCUUUGGAUCGCGCACAAUCGUCGCGCCUGCUCUCGGCCAGUUCGACCCUCUCAUAGAGCACAUCGAAAGCACUUUGCCGGUGCUCCCCGGAACGGUCGUUCAGAGGUGGAAGCAGAAGACGGCGAUCCCCCCCGAGGAGUCGGCUAAGUGGGAUUCCUGUGUUGGGGAUGUCCUGAGUGCCUGGAUUAAUACCGCCGCCGUGUUUUCCAACCAGAUUAGCGAAGACCAGUUUGAGGACUUCGAGGCGGGACGCUUGAUGCACCCCGACGGAGGCACCUGGUGGGAUUGGUUUGCAGACCAAGCCCCUGACAUCUACCCCACUGUCGUGUUCGUGAAGCAUGUCGGUGAUGAGAUUAUCGAGACUUUCGAGACUUGA